AUGGAUGAACGGUUCCCUGUAAAUUCAGAUCCGAGGUUUCGUCGCUCUAAGAAGAGAGGGCGUGUUGUUUUAGAUGAUCGUUUUUUUUCAGUUUUGGAUCCCAGUUUUUCAGAAGAGCCUGAGUUUGACCGCUAUGGGCGUCGGCUAAUAGAUAAAAAGGGUGAUGUUGAGUCAAUGAGAAAGUUGUAUAUAUUGCCAGAUAAUGUUUCUAAAGAUUCUUUUUUAAAAAAAAAGGAUAAAUUUAAGAAAAAUAAUAUUCCGAGAAAAAAGGGCAAUAAUAGAGAGGUUUUAGAUAAAGAAGUAGUUGAGCAAUCAACGUCAUCGAAAAACAGUGAUAUUUCUUCCGAAGAUGAUACAACAUCCUCGGAUGAACAAUCUUCUAGUCUUUCAUCAGAAGAUUUGGAAUUGGUCGAUCCUGAUCCAAUUUUGGAAAUUCCAAGGGGAAAAAUGACGUCUCGGUUAGCUGCAGUGAAUCUUGAUUGGGAUCAUAUUCGUUCAGUUGACAUAUUUGCUGCACUUGGAAGUUUUGUGCCUAGAAAUGGCCAGAUUCUAAGUGUUCGAGUUUAUCCAAGUGAGUUUGGUAAAGAACGAAUGGAAAAAGAGGAUGUAGAGGGACCACCAAAGAAUAUUUUUCUGGCAAACUCCUGUAAAAAAGAAUUCGACAAAAGUUUUGAGGAAAAACAAUCUUUACGUAUCAAUCAAGACAAUUUUAAUGAUAAAUUCCAAGAUUAUGAUGAGUUAAGAAAGGAAAUAAAGCUUGAUGAACACUUAGUAUCACCAUAUUCUAAAAAUCAUAAUGUGUUGAAUAAUGAGUCAGAUCAAUCAGAAGAGUUCGAUAACGAAGAGAAUAAUUUGGAUAAUGAUAGUAGUGGAACCAGUGUUACUGAUGAUAUUAGUAGUGAUGAAAAUGAUAUUAAUCAUAUUAGUAGCGAUGAAGAUGAUACUAGUGAUACUAGUGAUGAAGAGAAAGUUAAACGGAAUUUGUUAAAAGGGAAUGAUGGAAAUGAUUUUGAUAUGACUCAACUUCGCAAGUAUCAGCUUGAAAGACUUAGGUAUUAUUAUGCAAUUAUAGUUUGCGAUUCAGUGAAUACUGCAAAAUGCAUAUACGAGCAAUGUGAUGGCAGAGAGUAUGAAGCAUCUGCGAAUUUUUUUGACUUAAGAUUCGUUCCAGAUGAAGAAUCGUUUGAUUCGAUAAAAUUUAGGGAUGAAUGUUUAUCACUUCCGGAAAAUUAUGUUCCUGAUGAAUUUGUUACUGAUGCUUUGAAACAUUCAAAAGUAAAAUUAAUGUGGGAUAAUGAUGAUCCAGUUUAUGUCCAGAUGGUUAAGCGUGCAUUUUCAGGAAAUGAGAUUAAUGAAAAUGAUUUUAGGACAUAUUUAGCUUCAACAGAUAGUGAAGCGAGUGAUAUUGAAAAGACUAAAGAAAAAUAUCGCUCACUUCUUUUAGAGACUGAAAAGGAUUUUUUGUCUACUAAGGAUGUUGUGGGUGAUAUGCAGGUGACAUUCACUCCUGGAAUAGAUGAUAAAAAGUCUGAAGAGAUUUCUUGUGAUUACGAGACUACUUUGGAAAAGUAUAAAAGAAAAGAAAAGGAAAGAAAAGAAAAGAAGAGAGAAAAAAGACUUUCUAAACUUAAAGAAAGUUCAAAUGUAAUUGAUGAUGCUAAAAAGAAUCAAACAGAUUUAGGAUUUGAUGAUCCUUUUUUUUCGGAAAAACCUUCUAUUUCUUCUAAAAAAACAAAACGAAAGGUUAAUAAAAAGAAAGAAUUUCUAGAUGAUAAGGAAAAAGCUGAAUUGGAGCUUCUAAUGAUGGAAGAUGGAGGUUUUGACGUUAAGGAAGUCGAUCAUUUCGAUAUGAAGGAAGUUCUUAAAAUGGAAAAAAAGAAAAAGAAAAAGCAUAUGGAUACUGAAGGGCUUCAAAAUGACUUUGAAAUGGAUGUAAAUGAUCCAAGGUUUGCUUCUAUAUAUUCAAGUCAUCAUUUCGCAAUUGAUCCAACAAAUCCACAUUUCAAAAAGACCAAAUCAAUGACAAAACUUCUAGAAGAACGUCGGCGACGUAUAAAUAUUCAAGACAAAAUUUAA